AUGCUAAACAUAAAUAAUUAAGAUUUUUUAGAUAACACCUUUAAGAAAGAUUAGUAGAGCGACUCAGUAUUUAAUGACUUUUAUUAGUCUUAAUAAAGUAAAAUGAGUUCAACUAACUAGAUUAUAAAUGAAAAGUAAGUGCAAGGACCUAUUUUUUCGCAAACAAAAUUCAAAAAAGAUAUUGAUAAACUUGGAGGAAAACAAUGUGAUGAAGAAGUUAUGUUUUCACCUUUGUAAGGGAUUGAAAAAUAAUUGAAAUUCAACUAGAAAAAGACUAUUAGUAGUAAACAUCUUACAAGUGAAAAUGAACAAAAGACUGAUGAGCAUCAAAUUAUAAUUAAAAGAAACAGCAGUGGAUCAAAAUCAUUUUUGGUUUCUAAGAACAUUUCUGUUAAAAGUUUACAUGAUGAAUAAAACAUUUUAUAAGACUCUGAAAAACAAAUUGAAGAUUUAAAUGAUUCUUUUGAUUUGACAGAUAACAGACAAAUUAAAUAUGAAAGAGAUUUUAGCGCAUCAACUAAAAACAGAACUUAAACAGUAAAAUAAUAAAAUCAAAAUACGUAAUAAACAAGCGAUGAGUAAACUAAUAUAGUUUAAGGUAUUUUAAGUCUAGGAGUUGGCUCUAGUAACCAUAAAAAAAGAGGAUCUGCAAUAUUUAUUAAUUAAAAUAUAGCAGACUAGCGAAAGCAUUCUAUAUUUUCAGCUUAUCAUUCUCAUGAUAAUAUAUAAUUUAGAUACAACGAUUCUCUUAGUCCUUCUAAAUUAGCUAUUAAUGAUCUGGCUUCGAAAGGAAUGACUAGCGAACCAGGUACUCCCACAGUAUCAAUAGCAAAAAAAGCAAGAAAUUAUGAUCCGGGAGCUUAGAUGCAGCUGCUUAACUUGAAAAAUGCUAGUGGAUAUAUGACAGGAGACCUGACAAAUGCAGAAAAAUCUUUAGGCGAUAUGAGUUUUAAAAAGUAAGAAGGAUUUAAAGGAACAUGGAAAAGAAAUGCGUUCUUGAUAAUUACUUUCACUAAGAAAUUUAUUAAUAAUCUUAAAGAAUUAACAAUGAGCUACAAAUUCAGUUAAAUGAAAUAGCAUUAUUUUGAGCUAAUCGAUGACAAAGCUAAUGAUUACAAAUACUACCAAAUACAUGAUUAAUUCACUAAUGAUCAACCAAAUUAAUUUUAGAUUAUGCUAUACAAAAUGAAAGCUAUUUUCAACAAAAAUUUAUACGUCAACCAAUAGAAAAAUGAAAAAAAAAAAAAUUAGAUAAAGCUAUUUUUAAAUCGUAUUUUCAAUAUUGAUAUUCCUAUUAUAAAACCUGAUUAAUAUAUUAAAAUUAUUUGGGAUUGCUUUAUACUAUUCUUGCUCUUAAUUAACCUAUUAUAUAUCCCUAUGAAAAUAUCAUUUUCAGAAGUUACUUAAUUUAAUGAUUAUUUACUUAUUUUUUUUGAUGAUCUUCCAAGCUGGUCAUUCUUAGUUGACGUUAUUUUGAAUUUCAACACAGGAUAUUAUUCGAAAGGAGUUAUAAUCACAGAGAGGAGUAAAAUAUUUAAUCAUUACAUUAAGGGUCCAUUCUGGAGAGAUAUUAUAGUAGUUGUUCCUUUUCUAUUUUCUUCUGUCAUGAAUGUUAAAUUUUUGAAUAUUAUUCUUCUUCUUAGAACGAAUAAAAUACUCAAAAUCUAACGUUCAAUUGAAGAGCUACUUAAUUUAUAGCAAUUCUAAACUUCUAUUCUUAAUUUAAUAAAACUUAUCCUUACUAUUAUUUAUAUAGCCCAUAUAUGUGGGUGCUUCUUCUAUUACAUGCAUGUGCUCUAAGUUGAAAAUGAUAUUGCUGCAUUUACAUGGGUUAAAAAGUUUGGUUUAUAGAAUUAAAGCUGGUUUAAUCUCUACAUUACUUCUGUUUAUUGGGCAGUAAUCACUAUGAUUACUUUAGGCUAUGGUGAUAUUUAUCCUGUUACAUUAAUCGAAAAAAUCUAUGUUAUUUUUGUCACAUUACUUUCUUGUGGUGUUUUUGCGUAUGCUGUUAACGCUAUAGGAUACAUUAUAUAAGAUAUGAAUAGAAAUAGCACUUAAUUUAAAGUUAAAAUGAGCAGUCUUUCACUUUUCAUGAAAAAAAGAGAUUUAAACAACUUUACAUAGAUGAAAGUAAAGAAAUACUUUUAGUAUCUUCACGAUGAAUAAAAUGAAGAUAACGAAGAUGGUUAAAAAUUACUAAGCUAGUGUAAUAGUACAUUAAAAAAUGAAGUGUUAACAGAAAUGUAUGGUUAAAUUUUAGAGUCAAGAAAGGAAUUUCGUUUGAACUUUUCAAAAGAAUUCAUCUAAAAACUUGCACUAAAAAUGAGAGAAAGAAGACUCGGUCCAGAAGAAAUAAUAUUUAAAGAAAAUGAAUUUUGUAGGAGAGUUUAUUUUGUAAUGAGGGGAAAUGUUGCUUUACAAAGAACAAGGACUAUUAAUCACAAUAACCAAGAAAAACAAAAAGAAAUAAAUAUGAAAAUUUUGAAAAAGGGAGAUAUAUUUGGUUUGGAAUCAUUUUUGACUGGAAGUGAAACUAAUGUUUGUGCUAAAGCUCAAAAUGUGGUCUAACUGGUUUAUUUAAGGGAUGAAGAUUUUAUUUAAGUAAUUUAGGAGUUUAAAGCUGACAAAGAAGCGUAUUUUAUGAUAAAAGAUAAACUUAACCUAUUAAAGGCAUGCAGAGGAUCUGGAAUCAGUUGCACUCUCUGCGAUUCUUUUUCUCAUCAAUUUUUAAAUUGUCCUUAUAUGAGUUAUCAGCCAAACCAAAGAAAAUUAUUUAUUCAAUAUCUAAAGGAGUAAACCUAAGAACGGAAAAAAUAUGAAAGAGAAACUAAAUAAUAAAAAUAUCCUACAAAAGAGUCUCUUUCAAGAACAUAAGAAGCAUUUAUAAGAUUAGUAUUUGAAUACAAUCCUUAUGAAACCCUGAAUGAAUUACUCGAGUAAAUACAAAUACUUGACGAUGAAGGAGCUCUAGAUUAGAUUGAUACACCAGAAAUGGUUACAAAGUAUAUGAAAGAUCCUUAAGAAUUCGAAGACAUCGAAGACCUAAACGAUGAAUAUGAAAUAGAUCAAUACAUAAAAAAUUCUAACGAAGCCCAAUCAAACAAUAACCUUAUGAAAGAGAAUUUUGAUGAUAGUGUGAGAAUUAGAAGAGCAACUGUUGAAUCUUUAAAUACACCAGAUUAAUAAAUUGAUAUUAUUAAUGGAGGCCACGUAUAUAAUACAUUUAUCAGGCAUAGCUCUCUUAAAAUGAAUAAGUCUGAUAACAUAUAGCUAGAAAUUCCAAGAAGAGAAGAAAGAAAAAGCAGCUUUAGAAAACAAACUUAAUUCUCAGCUCAUGAUUAGGUAAUCCUAAUUAAUUAAGAUGAUACCACUCCGAAAAGAAUGAGAAUGAUAAAUAACUCAGAUAAUAGCAGUAUGAAAUAGAUUAAUAGUGAGAAUAUUAUAUAAACACCUCUACUAACACAUAAUGUGCCAAACUCUCCUUAGCUGGAAAAGAAUAGAUAAUUCUAUCGAAAUUACAGAAGUUUUAAAGAUGAUGAUGAAUCUUUAGACAAGUAAUAUCCUUACAAUAAUUAUGGACCAAAUAGUUAAGUUAGUAUCUACUAACUAGAUAAUAAUAUUAGAACUGUAUCAAUCAAAAGUAACAAAAGCCAUCAUUACGAGAGUAAGAGAGAAAUAGAGAUUAAUUAAAAUACGAAUUAUGCUCCUCCUGGUAGUAGUAUGGUUUAAUAAAUAAAAGACUUUACGACUAUUCAAAACUUUGAUAAGGCGCAUUAAUGGAAUGUUUAUUUACCCCAUAAUAAUUUUGAUAAGGUUUUGAGUUAGCACUAAGCUCUUUUAGAAAAAAUAUUAAAAGAAAAAAGAAAGCGUAGACGUAGAACUAAUAGAAACCAUUCUUAGAAAUUAAAGCAAAUGCAGUAGCUUUUUUCAAAUAUUUAGGCUAAGAGUUAGCAAAAAAAUAAUACAAAAAUACUUACCAGAAAUUAAUAAUCAAAGCAAAGUUUUGUUAGCCACAAGGAGAGCUCUUUAAAUCCAAUAUCAAGAAAUCAAUCCUAACUCAUUUUAGCAAGCCCUAGAAAUGAAAAUAGAGAACCUUCUAGAUCUAUGCUUAGCUAAAUGGAUUUUCCUUCAGAAUUACCUAUUCAAAGUAGCAUUCAACAUUAUUGA